CAUUGACCUCCAAUAACCAGCAUCAUGUUCAAGAAAGAGAUCCCGUCGAGCAAUCGCUCCAAGGUCAAGUCCUCCGUGCAGCGCGGCCUGCGCCAGAAGCUGCUGGACACCUACCCGGGCUUCGAGCCCUACAUCGAAGAGAUCAUGCCCAAAAAGGCAUCUCUAGAGGCCGUGAAACUCCCGGAACGUACAACCCUGUACACGAUAGACUCAACACCCCUUUUCUUCCAGCCUUUCGACGGCCCGCCAAUUCCACACCUCAAGCUCAUCCACGCCUACCCUAACGCCCUCCCAACAAUCCAAAUCGACCGCGGCGCUAUCCGCUUCGUGCUCUCCGGCGCUGCUCUCAUGGCACCCGGCUUGACGUCUCCUGGUGGACGGCUACCGGACUCGGAGCAUGCGAUCGAGGCGGGCCAAGUUGUUGCUGUUAAGGCGGAGGGCAAGAAUGAGGUUUGUCUUGUUGGGACGCUCAAGCAGGGCACCGAGGAGAUGAAGGCUAAGGGCAAGGGGGUUGUUAUGGACGAGGGUCACUUUUUGGGGGAUGGGCUUUGGAGGAUGAUUUUGGAUUAG